UUCGCAUCGGUACACAAACGUUGAAUAUUUUUUAAGGAAAAAGUCGUAGUUUAAAAGUCACCUGAGAAAUGGAAAAGACGUCUGAAGAAAAGUGGCAGCUUCUUUCCAGCCUUUACCAGCACGGAUCCAACGUUGAGGCUCUGGUGAAGACCCUCCCAACGUGGACUCGUUCUGAGCUUAACAUGAUUAUCCAGCGGUACAGACUAAAGGCUCAGAAGCAAAGAGAGAAAAAAUCAGAAGGUGAGACCGACCUGGAGAAGUGGUUGGACUUCAGCAAGGACCUUCAUGAACUUCAGGGGACCACCAAUAAGGCCCGGGGUCAGAGGGGGCGCCGGGCCUUGAAUCACAUUCCACAGGAUCAUGCACCUCUUUUGAGUAAGGUAAUGAUGUAUAGUGCUUGCUUUGAGGAACACUGGAAAGGUACAAAGCCAGAAGAUCCAAACUACAGUGAAAUAUACAGAUAUCUAUCUCAACUUUUAAGUGGAAGUGAGCCAACCCACCUCAGUCCAGGGAGUGCAGCCAAGGUGUUGGAGAUGCUGAAAAGAAUCAAGCAGGUGACUAGUGACGAGUCAGUCACUCCCUACCUUCAUUACCUCCAGCACCUGCCUGUGCCAUCUAUGAAAUCCAGUUCACAAAAGGGUGGUCAGAGGAAGGGUACCCAGAAGCAAAAGAAUACAGAAAGUUCUCUGCCCAACUGCCCACUCUUCCAGGAUACUGAUGAUUACUUGAAUUUCAAAGAGCUGGAACCAAAGGACCCAUAUUAUGAAGUCAAGAGAGAAGAGGUUGUGAAAAAGUUGGAAACCCUGCAGCAAGAAUCAGCUGCCCUGCUCCAAAAUGUGCCUGGCCUUAACCCCAUGGAAGUUCCAACUGAAAUGAUGCUCAAACCACCAUUCACUACCUGAAACACUUUCAUUUUCCUCCAUUACACACCUCCCCAUCCCCCCCAAAAAGGGGGGGGGUGACACCUAAAUUAUAUUGCAGUUUUGCCUUCACUGUGGCAAAUGACACACGAUGUAAAGUUGAUCCUAGUAGACAAUCCAUACUGGUUUGGAGAUCUUAGUCCAGUCUAGGGAGACUUCUAUAUGUUUUCCCAAUCGUGUCUCCUUUAGGAAUAUUGUGCAACACCCUGCAGAUUCAUUAUGAAUACUCAUGUGAUAUAUGUUGUGAAGAGGUUAAGCACUGAUUUUAUUUUAUGAAAUAGAAAUGAAUUAACAAAGAUUUUAUGGUUCUAGAACAAAUUCUUUUGAAUACGAAGAUCUAAGAAUUAUUACAUGUCUGGUAAUCACUUAUUAAUUUGUAAAUUAAUCCAACACAUUUACACACUGUAGAACUUAUUUUAAUAAACAUGUGUAAUAUUUUAUAA